AUGGGAAGGGUCCAAUCCAGUCUGGGGCACCUGGCCGAGAACAUGCUGGUUUCUUCAGUUCACGGUGUGCUGGCCACCGGGUCAGGGAUCGUCGUUAUCUACUCCUGCAGAGACGUGAUGACAGACAGGCACUGGCUUGCCCGAGAAUACGUGUGGUUUUUGAUUCCGUACAUGCUGUAUGACACCUACGCCAUGUACCUCUGUGAAUGGUACAAAAUCAAGGAGGAGAACCGCAGACACUCCCUUGCCACGUUCCAAAGCUUCCUCAUUAAGAACCGCCUGAUGCUCACGCACCACGCGGUCAUUCUGUUCGCCCUUGUGCCUGUUGCCCAGAGACUGAGGGGAGACCUGGGGGACUUCUUUGUUGGCUGCAUCUUCACGGCGGAACUGAGCACUCCGUUUGUGUCGCUGGGCAGAGUUCUUUUGCAGCUAAAGCAGCAGCACACCCUUCUGUACAAGGUGAAUGGCAUCCUCACUCUGGCCACCUUCUUUGCCUGUCGGAUCCUCCUCUUCCCCUUCAUGUACUGGUCCUAUGGCCAACAGCAGGGACUAAGACUGUACCAAGUGCCAUUCCACAUCCCUUUCCACUGCAAUGUGGCCAAUGCCUUCCUCAUCGCUCCCCAGAUCUACUGGUUCUCGCUGCUGUGCAGGAAGGCAGCCCAGCUCUUUGGUGGUCCCCAAGCCAAAAAGGAUGGUUAGCUGCUCCCAGGAUUCAGGCAGUGGCGGGCCACCCUCCUCACACGAGCUGCCUUCUCCGCUCAGUAUUCCGUGGACCAAAUUGUGUGCUGGAUGGCCGCAGCCUUUCGGGUGUUCGGAAACAGAUGGGUUUGAAGUUUUCUAAAGAAUAUUCAUUCAUAUGAUCUCCUUCUUCUAACCUGCCCCUUUUGCAAAAGCACUUUUUCCUUAGUAACAACUAUUGGAUCCUGUUUUAAUGCAAGCUCAAGGAUUCCUCCUUGGGUCAUAAUAUCUCAAGGGCUCUGGGAGGUAGAAGCAUAGGGCGUGGCGCACGUGGACCCGGAUGAUAAGUGUCUGGGCACCCGCCUGGCCCUACAUACUGGUGUGUUUGGCUCCCGCUUAGACAGCCAACCGCUCAGGGCAAGUAUCAACCCCUAGUGGGCUCGAAGGAAUGUCUUGUGACGCUGGCCUGAGGAAGUCACUGUGGGUAAGGAGGGUUGUUUGUUUACCAACGUGGUGAUCCAUUGGUCCUUUGCCUUACCCUUCCUGCCCUAUUGAAGUGUCCAGUCUAGUCAGAAGUCUCACUGGUGGGCAGCGACGGGAAGCGGAAGCACCUGUCCAGGUAGGAGUGCCACCGAAUGGUCAGCAGUAUCUCUGUGGGUUGACGUGGUAAGACCACCAAUGUCACGUUUGUAACCAUCACAAAUACCACCCUCUUUAAAAAAGUGUGUCCACUCAGGCAUGUUCUCCCCUUAGCCACAGACCUAGGACUCUUCUCACAGAAGCGAGGGGAGCGUGGUCUCGGGAGCUGCUGACUGGGGAGCUCCACUCUCUGGUACGGCCCUUUGCCUGUGAAGUGGAGACGGCCUUCUACCUCCCAAACCCUGGGCUGGCUCCUCCUCGAGACUGGAGUGUUCCCAUCAGGCCGCCUGAGAAGGCAGCACUGGGGAUGCAAGGGCUAGCCCGCGGAGGGGACCCGCCUUUUCACCCCACAAAGCUGGAGGACGAGAGUGCCCACAGCCCUGGCCAAAGGAUGUGUGCUCUGGACCGACUCCUGCCUGAGGAGACGCCUGGUUCCCUUCACCCAGCAUUUGUAGACAGGACCCUCUGGUGCCAACGUUAGUCAUUCCUGGUCGACAAGGGUGGGUUUUAGAAACGGCUACCAUGACUUUUUUUUUUUUCUUAUGUGGCCACCACGACUAGAAUUUUUUAAAGUGUCGUAAUUCAUUGUUGUCCAUGAACUUUUGAACGUACUCUGUAAUGGUGUCUCAAAUUUUGACUGUUUCGAUCAUUAAUGGGUGCCAUUUUUAAAAUGUCAAA